CAGAGCAACAGACAUGGCGUCUGUGAUGUGACUACAAAGUUUUGACGUGACAAACUUUUAGAACUGUUAUGUCAACUACCAACAGACGAACGGUUCGUUUUACACAUUUCAAAUUAGCAUCGGACAGCAACGUAAAAGACGGCAGACAUUGAUAGUAAAGAUGUGAGCGUUUAUCUGCGAUGACGUUGACCGGCGUAAAGAUGUAUCGCUAACGGCUAACUGUAAUUAAGCUAGCCACUGCAACAAGUUAGCUAGCUUAACUUAGUUUUAAUGUCGCGAGAUUUUGUAUAAUUUAACGGCCCGUUAACCGGCGAAAGAUUAUCAAAGUGCCUGUUUUGGUUUAAACGGUUAGUCUGAAGACAAAAUGUGUCGUUUUUUACGGUACUGUGUCAGCCACUGCCUCCAUGCAGCGAUGACCCGGCUGGAGGAGGUCAACGGAGAGGUGAACAUGUGGUCGUCUGUCCGCGGGCUGGGCUACCUGUCCGGUCUCAACUUGCUUGUCGCCCUGUGUUUGGGGCUUUAUACCCGGUGGGAGAAGACAGCGGAGUCCACUCUUCUUGUCCUUUUCGUGUUGGCUCUCAUUGUCCUGGGGAUAGCGAGUGUAGUGUACUACUACUUCAACUUGGAGAGGCUGAGCCUGAGCCUCCUACACCUGUGGUUCGGCUUCUUGCUGGGGCUCCAGUGUUUCCUCAACAGUCCCGCCCUGGAGGCUGACCUGAAGGAGCAGGUUGCUAACUAUCUGCUGCUGGUCAGUGUGGCUUUGAGGACGCUGUGGGCGCUGCUGGACAGGCUGUUUGGAUGCACAAGGUACCAUCCUGCCUUCCUCACCUCUGCAGAGCGGCUUGAGCUGGCAGGUUUUGCCAUCGCCAGCACUGCUCUGCUCAUCCAUAAGUCUUUCAGUGUGAUGGUGCUGGUCGUGGCUCUCGGCACGGUCAUGGUCGCCCUCCGGAUGAAGGCUCUCCUCGCACUUCCCAACCUGGUCUGUUUUGCUGUCAUCACUGGCGUGCUGUUUUUCAAGUCUCUGGACAUCACCACCAACCCUUUCGCUCUCGCCUGCUUCUUCAGUCAGCUCAUCUGCGACCCUCUCCUGGAUGUCUACUUCAGCGGCCUCUCUGUGACUGAGCGCUGGCAGCCUUUCCUGGUGUGGCGGGGCUUCUGGCGCAGGCUGUCCCUCCUUCCUCUGCUGGGGCUGGAGGUGACCUUCAUCGUGCUGGCUUCACGGAAGCUGAUGGACCUGGACCAGUGGUACCUGAUGAUCCCAGGCUUUGUGGUCUGUGGGCUCUUCUGGUUCAUCUGCCACAUGGUGUUUGUUAUCACAGUGUGGGGCUUUCACAGCAAACUCAGUGACUGCCAGAGACUCUGCUUGUUCCAGGGGCCAGGGGUCAACGGUCUGGACAAAGUGAUGGCUUCAAAGGGCAUGAGACAUUUCUGCCUCAUCUCUGAACGCCUGGUGCUGUUCACGCUGGUAUCGACUGUUGCUGUGGCUGCUCUUUGCUGGCAGGCUUCCAGCAGCUUGUUUGUCAGCAUGUUUCUCCUCACCCUUCCUCUUGAGUCUUUGUUCCACGGUCUUUUCCAUGAACUCGGGAACAGCCUAGGAGGAACCUGUGUGGGCUACGCUGUGGUCAUUCCUACCAACUACUGCAGUCCUGACGGUCAGCCCAUGCUGCUGCCGCCUGACCAGGUUCAGGAGCUGAACAAGCGCUCUACUGGUAUGUUGAACAACGUGCAGCGCUUCUUCGCCCAUCAUCUCAUUGAGGCUUUCGGCUGUGACUAUUCCACCAGCGGCGUGACCCUUGAGGCACUACAGGCCAAAAUCAAAUCCUUCUUGGAGCUUCGCACGCCUGAUGGGCCUCGACAUGACACCUACAUCAUCUACUACAGCGGUCACUGUCACCGCUCUGGAGAGUGGGCGCUAGCAGGAGGAGACUCUCUGCGUCUGGAUCAGAUGUUAGAGUGGUGGAGGGAGAAGAACGGGGGCGCCUGUUCACGCCUCAUCUUUGUUCUCGACUGCGACAACUCAUCUCAGUGGGCGAGGGAGGUCAGGAGGGUGGAGGGCAUCUAUGUGGCGGUGCAGGGGGCGACGCUCGCACGUGUGACGGACGUGGAGCAUCAGGACCCCCCUCAGCUCGGAGACUUCACCGCUCAGUGGGUGGAGUACAACUGCAACUCAAACAGCAACAUCCAGUGGUUGGAGAGGGGCCGGGCGAUUUCAGCCACCUACGGCAUCUCCAAACAGUGGAGCGACUACACGCUGCACCUGCCCACAGGAAGUGACGUCACCAACCACUGGAGCAUGUACUUCCCUCGGGUGACAUACCCGGUGGUGCAGUUGGCGCUAUGGUGCGGCAGUCUGAACCUGCUGGGGCUCUGCAGCGUCUGCCUGCGAUGCUUGAAGAGAGUCAAACUCAACUGGUUUCCACCGGCCAUCCUGGACACGGGGCAGGGCUUCAAACUGGUCAGAUCCUAAAUAUUGUACAAGGGCUUUUUUAUGAUCAGGAUUUUUUAAAUGUAUAAAAAUAUUUUUUUUAUAUUAACGAGUUCCUUUGACCCUUUAAUAGGCAGCUAUUGGAUUGUAUACUUUUUGCUAACUAGCUGUUUGUCAGUUACUUAAAAGUAAUAAGUUACUGACUGAUGCAUUUUAAAAUGUCUUUUUAGAUCCAGUUUUUAUAUUCUCCCCAAAGCAUUCUAUACUUUUGUUUCUAGCUUUGAUUGAGAAAUCCAGACAUACCUGUCAUUGUCUGUGGGAGUAAAACAAGCACAGUGAAUCAUUUUGCACAGUUGUGUCACAAAUACUGUCACACAUGAUUCCACCUUCAUUUGAAGAACAUUCGUCUUGUGCCUUUUGUUAUAAAAUCCAGCUGAUCGUUAUAACCUUAACCAAAGUGGCCGAGGUACAUUUUCAGAAGAUCUCAGGCAUAAAUAAUAUAUUUGAAGCUGUCUAUUUCUAUAGUUUAAAUGUUUUAUUAUUUCUUUUAUAUUUGGAUGUGAACUGACUCCUCUAUACUGCACUAUGCAUCCUACACUCCAAGCCUUGAGUCAAUGCACUGCUUUGCAUCUGUUGUAACUGCCUUUUGUGAAGCUUUUAGGGGUUAUUUAUAAAUACUCUGCAGCUGCUUCAGGGAGUCCUGUACUGAUGAUUGCACUACAAGCAGACAUGUAUGAGAACUACAGUAUUUGACGCCAAAAUAAACCCUGGAAAAAAUGCAACACAUGAGGGGGUUAGUUUCCUCCCUGGGGUUUAAUGCCAUUUACUGAGAUAUGUAAAUGUUUUCUGAUGGGUUUGAUGUGUUUGCUGAGAGUUUGUGGUGAGAAAAGCAACAGAACAUGUAUGAAACUAUGCAAUAAAGAGGAAGUAGGACU